AUGCACGCAUCUGCGGUGCCCAUUUCAUAUCAGGAGAAGUGUCGCUGGACUGGCAAAGUCCUGAUUUCGUGCCUUCAGUCUUUGUGUACACCAAACAACGCCAGAGACCCGAGGCAAAGAUGGAAAGAUACCAUCGGAAAAGGAGGAGAGAUGACAGGACAAACAAGUCACCAGUUCAACCUGGUCCUUGUGACAUUCCAGAAGAGCAAGGAGAAUCCAGCAUGGAACACUGCCAUGACUUGUCACCACAGAAGCAUCUGGUGCCACAGUCCGCAGCUCCUGUAUGUCCUCAUCUGUCAGCACUGA